AUGGCUGAAUCGGAAAACUUUGAGGAGGAUCUCUUUGCAGACCUUUAUGAGGAUGGCGACGCUCCCAAAGGUGCAACUGGCCCUCAACCCCCCAAACCGGCCGAACCUGUUGCUCCCAGUGCGCCAGCACCGCAGACUACUGCAGCCGAAUCAUCAAACAAUCAAGGCGGCAAUGCCAUGGAUGAAGGAGACGAUGACGACGACGACGAUGUCGACUUCAACCUCGGUGGUGGUGCUGGAGCCCCCACAUCCAACAGCUAUGCUCCUCCAGAACCAGAGCAUGAGCUAGAAUCGGCGGCUCCCGCGUUCGGUACAGUGCACAAGGCCAGCGCCAAAGAUGAUGGCAAAAUGUUCAUUGGUGGCCUGAAUUGGGAAACUACUGAUCAGUCCUUGCGUGACUACUUUUCUCAGUUCGGCGAAGUCGUCGAAUGUACUGUCAUGCGUGACAGCAACACAGGGAGAUCUCGAGGUUUCGGUUUCCUGACAUUCAAGGAUGCCAAGACCGUCAACAUCGUCAUGGUCAAGGAGCAUUAUCUCGAUGGCAAAAUUAUUGAUCCCAAGCGGGCUAUUCCUCGCGAUGAGCAGGAGAAGACGAGCAAGAUCUUUGUUGGUGGCGUCAGCCAAGACACGACGGAUCAAGAAUUCCGAGAGUUUUUUGCGCAGUUCGGCCGUGUUAUCGACGCCACGCUCAUGAUGGACAAGGACACUGGGCGACCUAGAGGUUUUGGAUUCGUCACGUUCGAAAGUGAAGCUGGCGUCGACGCAUGCAUCAAUAUCCCUCUCGAAAUCCAUGGCAAGCCCAUUGAAGUGAAACGCGCGCAGCCUCGCGGUAAUCUGCGUGAAGAAGAGGACGCAGCUAAGCGCAACAAGUUCAAAAAGGGAGAUGAUCAAGGACAAGGCAUGCAGCAAAUGGGCAACAGCGGCAUGACCCCUCAAGUCAUGGCACAGUACUUUCAGCGCAUGCAACAGUACUUUACCAUGAUGCAGUCGCAGAUGGCCAUGAACCGCGGCAUGAACAACAUGAACCCCGCCAUGUGGCAGAACAUGAUGCAGAUGCAACAGAUGCAGCAGAUGAUGGGCCGUGGCGGUGGUGGUCAAGGGGGCUCAAACAUGAUGGCCAACAUGAACCCCCAAAUGAUGCAGCAGAUGCAGCAGCAGAUGAUGCAACAGCAGCAGCAACAACAUCAACAACAGCAGCAAGGCAGCGCUAGCCCCACCAGCCAGAGCAAUGGAGGUGGCGGCGGCUCCCAAGGCGGCUUCGAUGGCAACAAUUUUGACCAGUUCCAGCAACAGCCCCCGCAGGGCCCUGGUGGUGCUCGUCGCGGUGGGCGUGGUGGCUUUGGCGGCCAAGGAGGAUACGGCGGCAUGGGCGGCGGCCACCAGGGGGGCAAUGCAACAUCCUGGGAGGGCAUGUAUGAUGACCCUCAGCCAGGUGGCUAUGGCCGAGGCGGUCACGAUGCUCCUCCGGCCAAUGCACCCACCGGACCCAAGAACCCAGGCCGCGGCGGCAGUGGCGGCAACUAUCGCGGUGGCGGCCGUGGUGGCGGCAGAGGGGGUUUCCACCCGUAUGCGAGGUAA